AUGUGACGUCACGGUUUCACGAUCGCAGAUGAACAAAAGAUGGCGAGUGGGGAAGAUUUGGUGGAUUGAAUGGCCAAACCGCCUCCAAACCACCAAACUGGCCUUUUAUUACAUCCACCGGAUGUGUCCUUGUGCGUAGGGAAUGGAAAAACACAGCUGUAGCAAUUGCCAGUGUGAUAUUUCUGGCUUCAGAAUUCGAUGUGCUGAAUGCCCAGACUUUGACCUUUGUUUACAGUGUUUUUCUUACGGAGCAGAAGUAGGAUCUCACCGAAAGGACCACCGUUAUCGAGUGGGGAGUGACAGCCCUCCCUCUGUGUUUGACAAUCCAGACCCCUGGUCUCUGGCAGAAGAAAAUAUGUUACUGGAUGCUGUAGAACAAUAUGGAUUUGGCAACUGGGAAGAUAUUGCUAACCAUGUCGAAAGCCAGAAAGCACCAGAAUGCCAGGACCAUUAUAUCAACUUCUUUGUUCAGGGAAACAUAGGAAAAGCCACAUUCCCGACAGAAUAUGGGUUUCGAGUGUCGGACCACACCUGUCCUGAUGGUGGUCCACUGUCCCCCAGUAUCACGGUGCCAGUGCCGCCUCUUGACUUGUCCAUCCAGGAACAGCAGGAGUUGGGCUACAUGCCUUUCAGAGACGACUUCGAGAGGGAGUUUGAUAACGAUGCUGAAACUCUAGUCAGCGGUCUAAGCAUCAAUCAUGAUGAUGAUGACCUAGAUAUAGAAAUUAAGUUAUGCCAAGUUGACAAGUAUAGGUUAAGAAUACGUGAAAGGGAGCGAAGAAAAAAAUUGGCAAGAGAUUAUGGUUUAAUAACAUCAGCAGCAUCCACCGGUUCCAAACAGUCCAAAUCACAGCAACAGAAGAAAAAGAUGUCAAAAGAUGUCAGGGAAUUCCAGGAAAAAAUGAAAUCAUUUUCCCAGUUUCACGCGGCAGCAGAACAUGAGCAUUUCUUUGACGAUUUACAAAAAGAAAAAGAAUUGAAAUCUCGAAUAAAAGAACUGUCAAGGUACAGGCGGCAUGGUUUAAGUGUUAUCAGUGAAAUAGAAGAUUUUGAAGAUGAGAAGUACAGAAGGGAAAAGAAAAAAGAAAAUCGUAAAAAGAUGGGCAGCUCAACUCCGACAAAACGAAACUCAACGGUCUCAAAAAAAGCAGAAGGAAAGGUAGAAAAAUUAGAUAUACUCAUCGACGACGACGAAGUAAAAGAUGAAGAUACAGAGGAGGAGUGUAAGGAGAUGGCCUCACAGCCGGGCUACGAGAUGCUGUCCGAGAGAGAGAGAAAACUAUGCAACUCCAUUGGGAUGACACCUGCCAACUAUUCAACUAUAAAAACCUGCAUCAUCAAAGACUACCUCCAGAGGCGACAGGGAUUUCCAGUAAAAAUCCGAUAUCCAAGUGGCAUGGAUAAAACUCAUCGCCGUAAAAUCAUGAGUUUUCUCUCAGACAAUGGCUGGAUAGGUGUCACGUGAGGUUGCCCGUAGCCUGCCUGUGGCAAGAAAUUCAGUAAGGGAAGAGAUUCAGAGACGCAUCAUGGGGACAGCAAGCAACAAAGGAGUCAAGGAAACUUGGAGCUGGGUCACCACACAUGUGGGAUGGUUCUGGGGGCCAAUAAGACAGGGAGAGGCACUAGGAGUGCCGUAUUUAUUUCCUGAUGGUGUGCAAUGCCAAAUUGAUGCUUCCUAUGUAGCCACAAUGGUGUGUCUUCUCCAACACAUGUCUGUUAAGUUAAAGUUCUUGUACAAUCUGUAUCUACUAGUGCAAAACCUGUUCCAUGUAUAAAAGGUCUGAUUGUAAUUUAUUCCUUGUGCAAAUCUUGUGUUUGGUUUGGCAAGUUUCAGCCAUUUGUGUGUUAGCUUCUCGGAUUAUCAUGUGUAGCUGUACAUAAAUGAGAGAGUGAGAAAGCAACGGGGAUUGUCGUGCACGUGCCAUUAUCAGCAUUUGCAAGCAAGGUGAUCUCUCAUGACAAUGAUUCAUCAGCAGUGCAGGAAUGUGUACCACAUAUCUGUUGGUUCCAUCGUGGAAUAUUGAUGGUAGUCCUAUCACAGCAUCUCAGGAACAUCACCUCAUGACGGGCCAAGUUGCCCUCAUGCACACGAAUGUGUACAUUUAGGUUUUGUCAUAAGCAAUAUGCAUUGCUCAUCAUUUGUAAUGAUCAUUGGAACCAUUUUAAUAAUUAGCUCACUUGCCAUAAAGGUCCUUGUCGGCGUAUUUCUUUUUCGUUCACACAACUUUCACAUUUACAGCUCUUGGUUUGUUACAGAACUGGUUGCUAUGUACAAAAUAUCAGAUUGUCAUUCACAUCUUGUCCAUCCAUUAUUGGAUCAGUGUGAGACUACACUCAGCAAUGCAUCCUGAAGACUGGUCGUCCGUGAGAAAAUGAUCCAAACGAACUUCACGUCAAGACUUCGAUCAUGGAAUAAUAAUUUCAUGUCAUAAAUCUGAAUAGAUGGACGACUUGGCUGAUAAAAAAGUCAAGUUUGUUGUGGGUGAUUUUACAUCUGGUUGACCCAUUUUAGUUUAUCAAGUUCAGUUGUAAAAUUAUUUUAUGUCUUUGUCUGAUUUGGGUCACAUUAUGUACCUAAUUUUAAGGCCGAACGUGAAAUGGUGCUGCCAGUAAUUCUGAUUAUUGUGUAAGUGAUCCCGUUUUUAUUACUAAAAUAGGCCUGAGUCCUGUUUCCUUCCUGUAGCUCAAACAUGAUUAGGGCGAUUUGCUGUGCAGAGUUGCGUCCCUUGGGCAUGCCAGAAACCUAUGAUUGUGGGUUUCGAAUCCCGGUUCGCCCCAAUUAUGGUUCUAGGUUUGUCAGCACCAUACCCAUGCUCGUGGGUUUC